UUACAACUACCUAGUCCUAGGCUAUGCAGUAUGCGCGCGAUAGCGAUCGUUCGAAAAAGAAAAUGCGCCUGAACCUUCUUGAAGUAUUUUUGUUGUUACAUGGACCAGUGUAGCAUUGUAGUUUUCGAGUUUCUAGGUUUCUCUGAAAUUCUCUCACUCAGGUACUAAGACAGUGCUACAACUAGCUCAGUAGCUGUAGUCAAGAACUUGAAGACCAAGAUUGCAAGAAACGGCUGAGCAGCCAACGGUGGCAGAAGUACAAGUAGAUCGCGGUAUCUAGUCUAUUGGGAACAGGUUGUUAUCCAGUGAAAUCCAUUGGCAGUGCGUGACAUGGACCACCGACCAGAGAGACCGGCAGCAAGUCAGAGGAAGAAGAAGAGUCGAGAACGUGCAUUCUACGAACCACCCGAGGAAGGCGUGCAGUCCAGUAUCAUCGCCGACGCUCGUCGCGAGGUGGCUAGACCCAUUCAUACUCAUCGACCAUUCACGCCAGCGCAGAGGAACCUCUUCGCACGCCGCUCUGCCUCGGGAAAGGCUAGACCUCCUUCGUCUGUCAGCAUUGCCUCAGAACUGCUACCGGAUGAAGUGGAGCCACGCAGAGGCUUUCUCCCACCACUCGACAUAGCUCAGUCGAUAACAGGAUGUGCAAAACCACCAUCCCGCCAAGGUCUACCAAGGGUAUCGUCAGCAACGCCACAGAACUCAUUUGCUGAUCUCCAGACAGUCGGCGCUGUGACACCGGAAGAGUUGACAGGCGCUGCCAACCGAGUGGCGCACGGUGGUGGUGGAGGUCCUCAGCCGCAGGCGCCAUCAGGCCCCAAACCAGCCCACACCGCAAGGAGGUAUCCUCGGUCAUCAUCAAGCCGAUCGCGUCCAGCUUCGGGGGCAGUGGCCGAUAGCUUACUACGUGACCCCAGGCCCUCUCCUGAGCCAGCUAAUUCAAAACCGGCCCAUCAGAAAGUGCACGGUGCAAUGAGCAAACAAGGCAUUGGCAAUCACACAGAUGAGCAGCUAGCUGCUAGUCAAACACUAGAUAGAGUACAACAGGACUGUGAAAGCCCUAAGACAUCAGCGAAGCAAGAUGCUUCAAUCAUGCCAGACCCGACACCGCCGCAAAAGAUUGAGCGUACACCCGGUAAGCAAGAGCAGUCAGAUAGCGAAGCUGUCCAAGCAGUGAAGGACACAGGCAAGCCUGAGGCAAGAGACGCUCGGGGCAUUACUGCUGCCGAAGCUCCCAGUGAACAACCGCCAUCAAACGGCAAGAGCAAAUGCACAAUGGAAGAGCAGGCGGAGAGUCAGCAGUGGCUAGAUGCGCAGAGAGUACUGCAAGAUAUCGACGCCGCACGGAAAGAGCGCGCUGUGAACUUGGACAAAGUGUGUGAUCUGACACGUGCCCUGUAUGGCAGACUGCGUGAAAUCAUCACAUCUGGAAAAGUACCAGAAGAAGAAACACUCAGGAACCGCAAGAAAGUUCUCUCGACGGGAUUCCGCCUGUUGCCACUGAAGCACGCCCAAACAAGCGUCCAAGUAGCGAAGAUCGCCUUUGAACUUCGUGUGUCUGGUGCAAACCUGAGAAACCUGGUCAAGACAAUCUUCUCAGUAGCACACACACCAGGCAAUGAUGCUGUCUUUGCUGAUGAGCAGCUUCUUGGUCAUCUGAAAAGGACAUUGCUGGCCUCGACGUCGGAUGGUGUAACAUCUGAUUCUGCCGUGUACGCAGGUGGAGUUCUGAAGCUGGCAUCAAACAACACAGUUGUUGCGGAGCUCGUUGGAACAGAGGAGUUUGUGCUGCAGAUGUCACGCUUUCUGCGCACAUCAAUGCAGUCGUUGACAACGCCUGCCCUGAAGGCAAAGCUCUCCGAGAAAGACAUCAUGGACAUGGGAUCCAGACACGUGCAGAUGACUGGCAUCCUGAGAAACCUUGCAGAGCACCGGGAGAUUCACACGUUCUUCCUGAAGCAUCACAUCAGCAAGCUUCUCUUCCCAUUCCUGUCCUGCAUGCCACAAGAGAAGGAACUCAUCUUCAACAUUGUCCGCGUAUACAGUUACCUGACUCAGGAUGCCAGGUUUCAAGAGGUACUGGCGGCUGAGGGUGGAUCUUCUACCCAGUUCCUACAACUCAUUCAGCGAUGUCUGGCAGCUGCACCCAAGCUGGACACGGACCUGCUGAUCCGCCUCUGGUUUAUCAUCGGCAAUCUGGAAGAGGGAGAUGAUGCAUUCCGCGCCACUGUCGUGCCCGACAAGGACGCAGUGGACGGCUUGGUUGCGCUGGUGUCCCACACUGCUGACAUUUUUUCUGCCACGCCACUGGCGGGAGAAAGCGGACUCACUGAUGAAGGUCAAGAUAUACUCAGCAAAGCCAUCCGAGUCCUGGUCAACCUCUGCCCAAGCCAAUCUGUUGGGCCUAUGCUUGUGUCUAACAAUGCCCUGUUUCAACUGAUCGUCAGAAUGUUUGAACACAAGCACAUAUCCAACAGCCCUGGCGUGAUGAAGGUUGUGAUGGCCUUGCUGGGCAAUCUGUCGUUCUACGUGGUCACCACCAGUGUUCUACUGCGGGAGCAGAACAAGGUCUUGCAGUUGAUUGCACCGUACAUCUCACUGGAGAAUGUGGACAUUGGAAGAGUCGCAGCACAUGUCCUGAGUAAUCUGACACGAUCGAAGGAAGGCCGUGUGUUUGUAGAGCAGAAUGGACUUCUAGACACGGUAAUCUCAGUGCUGGCAGAUGCUUCUGAUGCUGACAUGGUCUACUACUUGCUGGGAUCCCUGGUCAAUCUCAGUAGCGAGGUGUCACUGCGUUCUCAGCUCCGGUCAGCCAAGACCAUUACUUGGCUGAUCAAUGCGGUAAAGUACUAUGGGCCGUCUGAUUGGGAGAUUGCCUCGAUCAGUUGCCAAGUUCUGUGGAACUGCUGCAACGAAAUACAGGAGAGCGAGGACAAGCAGCAUGCACUGGGACAGAAGAGUGCAAUGCACAUCGUAUCAGUACUUGAAACCUACACGGAUUCUUGUCCCUUUCCUGAGGAUUUGGAUGACUGUGAUGCUGAUGAGAAAGAGCGGUUGGAAGAAGCGUGGAAGACGCACUUUGUACCAGUAGCUCACAUGCUGCUGCCAUUGGUACAGUCUCAUAUCAGCUGCUGGGAACCGCUGAAGGAAGAAGACGAUGCUGAUGCCCGAGAUGAUUCACAUUGACUUGCUAGCCACGGUGGUGUGCAGUACAGUUGAACAGUUCUGAUAAUACCAGCAUGUGAGGUACACCACAGCUAUACAGUGGCAAAGCAGUGGACUACACCACAGCUAUACAGUGGCAAAACUGUGGACUACACCACAGCUAUACAGUGGCAAAGCAGUGGACUACAUCCCCUCAAUAUGGUGCUAAGCAGCUAUACGUAACACCAAUUCCAGAGCAAUGGAGGAUAGAUAAGAAGCGACCUGCGCAGUGCUGAGCCUAGCCGAGAGCGGAACACUACUUGUUCUACGCAGGCGUGCAGUUUUUGUUAAUGCUGUGUUGACGCCUGGACUGCCCUGUGCCUUGGCGCUGAGUGACUGUGCUAGCAAAGAACAACCAACCGUUGGCUUUCGGCUGCAAUAGAACGUAGCAUGCUCACUGCAGAUGCCGUGCACUUGUGCUGCCAUUGUUAUCUACAAUCUUGACCCGCUAAGAAACACGUACGCUUACAUUCUACUUCCGGUAGACAUUACUUUUCUAUGUUGCUGUAUUCUGCAACUGCUUGGUGUUGCAUUUUCUUAGUUAUUCUAAUGGAAAGUAUGAUGCGUAUGGUGUUGUUGACCGCCGUGCUUGGACCAGACCAUGCACAGAAGAAUCACAUUAUUUGGAGGCUCGAAAAUAUCGCCACAUCAACAUAGCCACAUCUAAACAAGCAGAACUGAUGUGCGGGCAGUUCAAGUACAGCAGCAAUAUUCAUAAGACCUGAUCAUACCCGUCAUGGGAGUGAUCUCAGUGAAUUUUACACUGGGCUCUUGGCCUCCCACUCAAGCUUUUUUUUUUUUUUUUUUUUUUAAAUUUUUCAAAUAAUCUCAGCUGUCCAGAAUAACUUACAGUGAACAACAAACAGUAAAAAAUAAAAAAAUAAAAAACACUAGAACCUAA